AAAUUGCCAGUCACGGUCAGUACCGGAGAAAUGCCCAGCUGAGGGCAGCAGACGUCCGCGGACGCUCCGCUCUGGGGCAGUAGCAGGGCACGCAUGCAGAGAAGAGAAGCGGCGCUUUGUUCCCGUCGGAAGCCCGCUGCGGAUCUGGCCGUCGGGGAGAGAGAGGGGGGCAACGAGAGAAGGGGAGAGAGCGCAAGGGCGACUGGAUAACGGCGCGGGGCUGGGUUUUUAAGGGAUGUGCAGACGCCGUCGACGGGGAAUGAGGAUCAGGGUUGUGCUUCUCAACGGGGCUGCGGUGGAUUUUUGUAUAUAUAUAUAUAACUGGGGAUGCAGCAUGACAAGACGCAGUAUCUUGCCACUGUGAAUCAAAAUGCAUCCCCCCUUGCUUUAGCGGUCAAAAAGAUUGCUUGAUGAUGGCGUAUUUUUGUUCAGCCAACUAAAACCCCGUGCAUUUCAUCAAAACGGGAGUGAGCGGCUCUGCUGAAAACCAAGGAUUUUGUCCGUGUCGACGAAAAUAAUUCUUGGACUCAAAUUCCGAUUCCCAUUUUUUUUCCAUGGAAAACAAAAAAAAUCAGAUCACUCCAAAAUUAAACAGUCGAUGUGGACUUUGCCAUUUUUGAAGACUGCCUUCACCGAUACUUAUUUCAAUGACUUUGAAUGCAUAAUUAAAUAAUAUAAACCUCUUCGGUAAUGAUGUUUGUAAGAUGCCAUAGGAGCAAGUUGUCUGUAUCUGCGGCACUGUGUGUCAUCGUGUUGUGCUGGAUGUACAAAUACCCGGUGUACAGGUUCCCGAGCGAUAAGGAGAUUGUAAAUAAAGUCUUACAACAGGGACGAACAUGGAAGAAAAACGAAACAAGCAUCCAGUUAUUCAGAGAGCUGCUGAAAGAAUGCUGUGACCCCCGGAACAUGUUUGCCGUGACUAAGGAGAACACACCCCUAGGGACGGUGCUGUGGUAUGAUGGAGAGCUGUUCCACUGGCAUACAGUGAACAAUGACACCUAUUCCCUUUUUAUACAAGAGACGCCGUUGCGGCUCCCGCUUAAGAAGUGUUCUGUCGUUGGCAACGGUGGGGUCCUGAAGAGGAGCGGCUGUGGCAAGGACAUCGACCAGGCCGAUUUCAUCAUGAGGUGCAACCUCCCACCGCUGUCCAAGGACUACACAGCAGACGUGGGGACCAGGACACACUUGGUGACAGCAAACCCCAGCAUCGUUGAGAAAAGAUUCCAGAACCUGCUGUGGUCGCGGAAGUCUUUCGUGGAGAGCAUGAAGGCCUACAGUUCUAGCUACGUCUACAUGCCGGCCUUCUCCAUGAAGCCGGGCACGGACCCCUCGCUGCGGGCGUACCACGCCCUCGCCGACAGCAGCUCCAACCAGACGGUGCUCUUCGCCAACCCAGACUUCCUGAAGAGCGUGGGCAAGUUCUGGAAGGGGCGCGGCGUGCGUGCCAAGCGCCUCUCCACGGGCCUCUUCUUGGUCAGCCUGGCACUGGGGCUGUGCGAGGAAGUCACCAUCUACGGCUUCUGGCCCUUUUCUUUGGGCCUGAGGGACGACUUCGUCAGCCACCACUACUACGACAACGUCCUGCCAUUCACUGGCUUCCAUGCCAUGCCCGAGGAGUUCCUGCAGCUGUGGCAUUUGCACAAGAGUGGCACACUGCGAAUGCGCGUGGGCGACUGCUCCAGUGGGGGCGGCGGAACCCUGGUCACAUCAGAGAGAGGAAGCGAGUGAGCAGACCCCUCCCUCUUACAACCCAAACGCUGGAAGUGACCAUGACGCAUCUGCAUGGUGUGCCUGCCAUCUCUCUCUCUCUCUUUCUCUCUCUCUCUAUUUCAGUUUGCAGGCUUGGGUUGUGUUUCACCAUUAAUGCAAUAACAGGCAGGCAUGACCGCCGCCACCAACCCCUGGUGAAGUCAGAGGGAACAGCGGACUUUCAAAACAGCCAAGAAAAAGUAGCAAUAGACAAACGGCGUGGAAUUAAAGAUUACAUCCAGGACAGUGCUUGACACUGAGGAGUCUCCACUUCGAUGACUGAAGUCAGUCAAUCUAGAAGACGGGAGGCAAGAAAAAUGUAUUUGCUGCAGGAAAUGCUGCAGUGAAUAUUUUCGGUUACAUUAGGGCCAUUUUUAGCAGGUGUUUAACUUUACUUAUGUACAAGAACCCUAAGGUUUCAAGUUGAAGAUAAAUUGCUGUUAUGUUUAAGUUUGCUGCAGUAUUUUAUUUAACUUAUAAGGGACCAGGUUGCCAUGUACCUGAAGUAUUCACACAAAAAAAAAACAUAAAAAAACUUAAAAAGUGUUGUUAAUUAGGUGUGGGCUUCCCGGCUCAUGAAGGAGGGGUAUCUGUACUUCACUGGGUUGUUUUGUGAGGUACAGGCGGAGACAUUUCCGAGAUUGUGCCAAACGACGUGAGCGGGGAAGGCGUGACGACACGUCUGUCCACCUGCCAUGCUCAGGUGCCGGUCACCUGUCCAAUCAACAUGAACGCAUGACCACCGUGCACAGUGUGACCGCUGCUGUCUGCCUGCUUGGAGUCAGUACGUGUGUCCGUACGGUGCUUUUUAUGUCAUUUCCUGUGGUUCUGUACGAGCAUCACAGUAUGUUCAGCGUAACUUUAACCCUUGUGUUUUGUGUGGUUGGGCCGGUUGGUAACGGGAAGGUGAUGUUUCGCGAGUGACGUAACGUUCAGAAAACCAUUUAACGGUAAUGAACGAAUGAUUUUCCAUGACACACCAAGUCAUCGCUUGAAAGCCUUGUAUAGUACAAAAUACAAAAAACAAUAUCUCUGUAUUGAGAAAGAAAUUUUCCAUUGGGACUGUUUAAUUCAUGCUCUGUAUCUAAUUUAGGACCCUAGAGUCUGGCGUUUUGCAGUGGUGUCUUUUUUCCUCAUUGGGUCUGUAAGCUCUCUCCACCAUGCCAGCCUCUCUCAGCGACAGACCUCGCACGGCCUCCGCUCGUUCUGCUGUUAGUGACGCUGUGGAGGUGGAUGUCCGUGCAUCACGGGUGCAAAGCCCCCUUCCUCCUUCUCGCUGGACACCACAGCAGCUCCAGGUUCUCCCCAAGGUGAAUGUGGAGGGGUGUAAUGUCAGUCAGAGAUAUUUCGUUAUAUCCUCUCACCUGUGUCUAUUUUUUUUUUAAAAAAAAAAGGUUGAGUGCCUUUUCAUUGUCGAGGUGUAAUACUUUAUAGAGGCAAAAUGUUAUUUUAUAGGGUUCCAGGUUUAUGUUGUUAAAAUCGAUUGGAUCUUAUACAUUUUUUUUUUCAUUUACUGUUAACUGUUACUUCAUACACUUGAUUUCUAAGCCAUAUUCAGUAGAACCUACUCAGAAGGUGUUUAGAACACUAGCUACUGGUUUUACUGUUGUACUUUUUGGGAUCUUAUUUCUUUAUGCAAUUCAGGAGAUUCAUCUUGUGCCAGUUAAAGAUCACAUUGUACCAAAAAGCCUAGUAGUAUAUUUUAUGUCAAAGACAGUGAGGUGUGAAUAAUGAAAUAAUUGCUCCUUUUUCCUUUGUGAAUGAAGUCCCUAAGUACUUUAUCUGGUAAAAUAAUAAACCUUUUGUGAGUCGUCUUAAUUGUGUCCGCCGCUUGGGUAUGUCAAUGUAAAGAAUAGUGCUUCUGUCAUGAUGGUUUACAGUGGGAUGCCGUGAAUGAGUGUCCCAGUCGCAUGGCCUGUGAGUGUAGUGAGCCAGUCAGCUUUCCAUCACGAUGGGGGAUGCUGCUUGUCUACAAGAAUUAUGUUUAAAUAAAAGAGAAAAAUGUGUCAAAGUUUUCUGGAUGUCAAUGGAAUUGUCCAGGAAAGAAAAUAAAAACAAUGCAUUUGUGAUGUUAAAA